AAACACGCCUGAGCACCCCCAAGGACUUCACUUCAGCAAAUCGUCGGCGGUUCCUACGCCAAAAAAGAAGCGAGAGACGGCUUCAAGAUGAGCUACCCAACUCAACAGCUACAGCCCUUCACGCUGUACAUGACGAUCUCUGUUCCCGAGGAGCCACCUCAUACCAUUGCUCAUAUCUACGACGUCGACACAAGCAAUAUCGAGAUCAUACGCCUUCGAGGCCUAAAAGGAACCUCGAAACAUGUUGCAGGCUCCGAGAAGUUCGAAUGGGGAAUCUACUGGCACCGCGAGCUUGGUGAUGGGACAUGGUACAGCUUCCGCUUCACCCCGCCAGAGAUGUACAAAGGACCACCAGGACUGUACCAGCCUUGGAUCUACAGCCAGGUCACCGUGAAGCAGUCACCACGCCUUCAUCAUCACGUCGUCGGACUCAUUCGAAUCAUACGCAUCCCCGAUACCAUCGGCUCUGGAAUCACGGCUUACCUCGACUGGAUGGCUCCUCUUGUUGCUACCAAGGCGAAGCGCGAUGACCUCUGGGCAAUGUCGCUUUGCCUGCGAACGCGAAAAUACGUGGCUAGGGAACGAAAGACGGAGGACAAGGGAGUGGAGAGAUUUGAUGCCACUCUAUUCAUCGUCGAGUCGAUGCAGUUUGCCUAUCGUGAGGUGUAGUACGCCUUGGCUGGACAGCUCCCGCGACCAAUCUAUGUCCCAGACACCGGAGUCGUGAAGGGUCACUAAAAAGCGAAGAUGCUUCAAGAUCUGGAAGAAUUUUGAGCUCCCAAGAGCUGCGACAAGAUCGUUCUUCUACAACCACCACGUGGCCGAUUCAUAAGAGUACAUGCCCGAAUCGAAAACAGAAGGUCCUGAGCGAGAACACGCAAUGGCCAACAAUUUUUGGGAGGAGUUACAAGGGACGAGAGAGAUCAUGAGAGGACGCGAGUAACCGAGGCUGUCUUGAAUCUAGUCGCCCCUCUAUCACCCACUGUCUGCUCAUCCUCUUCAGCCCUUAACGAGAAAGCGGGUUCGGUGCAAAAAUGGCAGCACGAUAGACUGUUAAUGAUUCGUUGGGACGAUCAUAAUUGGUCCCUUUAAUAGAAAUCCAGAAAAU